AUGUCAAAUAGAACAAUUAAGUUUCAUAUUCAUUUACCAGGAGGGAUAGAAAAUAUUGGACAACCAAUAGUUCUUGGUGAUGGAAAAGAAUUAGGAUUUUGGCAAAAACCUAUUGUAAAAUUACGACAACCAUUUCCUGAAAAUUUAACUUAUUGGCAAUCUGAAUUGAUAACUAUUUCUUUACCAAAUUUUUCUAAAACAAAUAAUAUAAAAUAUAAAUUCGCAAUUCAUAUACCAACAUCUAUUAAUGAAGAAGAAGGGGAAAAUGUAUUUGAAGGAAAUAGUCCUGAAGAUGAUCGUAUGUUGGAUAUUGAAAGAGAGAAUCAAUUUGCUAUUUGGAAAAAUAAUUCUGAUUUAAGUCAAAAAUUGAAUAUACAUAUUGAUAAAAUUUAUGAUUAUGCAUUUGUGAAUUAUAUUUUUAAUUCUAUUAGAUUUUAUAAUCUUAAAGAUAAAAUUUUAGAAUAUCAAUAUUUAUUAUAUUAUUAUAAUGAUAUUACAAUUCACGCUUCAAAUAUUGAUUAUAUUAUUAAUAAUAUUAAAUAUGAAUUAAAAGAAAGAAGGAUUUUUUUAUGUCUUCUUUUAGGACAUUAUAUUUCGAAACAAGAAUUUAAUUAUGAAUUACCAAAAUUUUUUCCAUCCGGAUUAUUACUCGAUGUAAUUGAUAAUUAUAAACAGAAAAAUUUACCUUCAAUUACCAAAAAUCCGAUGAAAAUCGCUAUUACUUGUUUAGUUCAACAUAAUGCUUUUCAACAUCAAUUUCGUUGGGUCAAAAUUUUUACAAUUGCGGCAGAAAUCGAUCCCGAAUUUAUCUUCAUUUAUUAUUUAAAAGAUUUAAGUUAUCCUAAUGAUAAUUUAUUAGAAAAUUUUAUUAGGGAAUUGGAAAUUAUUAGUCCUUAUAUUAAUAAUACUAAGAAUAUUGAAUUUGAAGUUUAUAUUAAUCUUGCAAAGUGGUUAAUUGAAAUAUGUCAUAAUAAUAACGCUCUUUUUAAACUUUGGUUUGAUAUUCUUUUGCAUAAUAAAGCAAUUGACAAUAAUAUUUUCAAGUUUUUUAUUGAACGAAUUCAAAAGAAUAUUUCUAAUGAUGAUAUUAUUAACUUGGAAAAUCGAUUUAAUAGGGUUCCAAAAAAAAUUCAAGGUUAUAUUUCUGAAGCCUUUAGAUAUCAUGCUAUACAAUCACUUUCAAAUCCAUUUAUGGAAUGGUCUUAUCAAGAAAUAUCUUCUAUAAAAAGAUUUCUUCAAAAUGAUAACUUAAAUUGGAAUAAAAAUGAUUUAAUUCAAUCAUUAGAAUUAAUAUCUCAAUCUGAUAAUUUAGAAUUAUUAAAAUUAUUUCCUGAAUUAUUGGAUAAUUGGUUUCAUAAAGAUUUUACUGAUGUUAAAGAAAAAAGGAUACCAAAAAUUUCUAAUGAUUGGUUCACAAAUCUUUUAGAUAGAUUAGAAAAUAUUAGUAAUAAAAAUGAUGAUAAUUUUAUUUUUUUAAUAUUUCAUCAAUUAGAAAUUAUGUUUCCUUUAAUAGGUUAUCGAAGAAAUACUUGGAAUAAUUUAUCAAUUAUUACUAUAAAUAGGGUAAAAGCAUGUUCUGAACAUCAAAUAAUUGGUGCAACAAAAUUUAUAAUCAAAUUAAAAGAAAAUGAAGUAAAAGAAUUAUUUUCAAGUAUAAUUAAAGGAAUAAUGAGUGAAAUUAUUCAACCAAUUAAUGAUCGAUUUAUUGAUAAAAUAUUCAUGUUAUGUGAUUGCAAAAGUGAUAUAUUAAAUAUUCCAAAUACUAUGUGUGAAGAUAUUUUAUGUUAUAUAAUGUUCACAUUACAAAAUCAAACGUUCAUGAUUGAUAUCUUGGAAGUGUAUUUAUCUAUUAUUAAAUCUAGUAGAUUUUGGAUCAUUAUAUUGAAUGCUACCGGAAAUGUUGAAAAUCUUAAAGCAAGUCCAUAUUAUCAAUAUAUUAAAAUGUCUACCUUUGAACUUAAUAAAUUACUUUUAGAAAAAUCGUUAAAUAUGCGAUUAUUACAACAACUUUUAGAUUUUUCCGAUGAACAACUUUUUCGAUAUUUUCGUGAGGUUAUAAGAGAAAAUAACGGAAAUAAUAUGAUUAUCUCUAAAAAUAAUAUUACAACACUUAGAGAUUUAUAUAAUGAUUUUGAACUUCAACUUAAUCAACUUCUCGAUUUUUAUAAUGGAUUUUGUUCGGAUUCUAAAGUAACUGACGUAAAUCAUUAUAUCCGUGAUGUAAGACAACGUAUGGAACAUACCGAUAAUAUCAGUUUAAGACAAGUGUUGACUCAAGAUUAUUGGGCUUUUCAUGAGAAAUCUUUACAAAGUGCAAGAAAUUGUUAUGAAUUGAAUGAAACUCUAAUUUUUCGAAAUAUAUUCAGAACUAAUCUCCAAAAUGAUGCUGCUGCGACAAAUGUAGAAUAUAUAGCUCAAAAAUUAGUACCAAUUGUUAUUGAAAAAUAUUAUGAUAUUUGUGAAUCAUUUAAAAAAUAA